AUGGGUGACUGGGGAACCCUCAACGAUACCUUGGGCUCGACCUCGGGAAACCAAACUGGAGAAGAGGGCACUACUCAUCGAGGCCCUCACGGGCAUUCUGAGGGUAUCAACGAGAACCAGGAUCUUGAUCACGACAAAUGCUUCAACUGUGGCGAGUCGGGCCACCGAGCAGCGGAGUGUCCCGCCCCACGAGACACAGCAUGUCGUUAUUGCAAGAAGGAAGGCCACAUACUUCGAGACUGUCCCGAAAAGCCGCCCAUGAUAUGCGGUAACUGUGGCCAAGAGGGUCAUUUCCGGAACAACUGCGAAAACGCCCGCUCUGUCAACCGGGACAGCGUCGCAGACGUGACCCCCGAAGAAGCUCUGGCCAAGAUCAAAAAGGCUGCCUGCGAGCGUGAUGCAGACGAUGCUAAAGAAGGUAUCCAGGAAUAUGUCAAGGCUGCUGGGGGUGAUGUAAACUACCACCAGCUCCAGACCAUGUUUAUCGACGAAGGCAUCAGCCUGUGGCUUAUUGCCAUGGAGCGUCAGCUCGUCAAUGUCUUUACCAACAUGGACCUCCAGGGAAAUACUGGCAAGAAGUAUUCCAUCUCGUACCGAUUUUCUGAGAAGCCUGAGCGCCCACGAGAGAGAGAGACCUGGCCUUCAAGCCGCGAAGAGAUUCUGAACAGGCUCGAAGAUGCUGGUGACGUAGUUGACAGCGGACUCCGGCGCUGCAAUAACUGCGGUGAGGUGGGACAUUUGUCCAAGGCUUGUACCCAAGAGAGGGAGGAGAAGAAGACACAGCCUGCCAUCACUUGUCACAACUGCGGCGCCGAUGGACAUCGUGUACGCGACUGUCCUGAACCACGCGUGGACAAGUUUGCGUGUCGAAACUGCGGGAAAUCUGGUCAUCGAGCUUCGGAUUGCGAAGAGCCGCCCAACUUGGACAACAUGGAAUGCCGCAAAUGCGGUGAAAAGAUUGCCCACAGAGUGGUCCCCGUGGAUGUCGCAAUUGUGGCCAAGAGGGCCAUAUAG